CAUGCUAGACGGCACACGCGGCGUAUGAGUAAUAUCACUUGGUCUUCUGAAACAGUUUUAUUGGAUUUUGGCGCAAGCAGGCAAAAAAGCCGGCAAAAGUGUCCCCACGUUGGUGUAUGUGUGUAUUCGUGUGCGUGGGUUGCCGGAAAUACUUUAAGCAAUCGAAAGGCAGAGAAAACAAAAACCGAAGCAAAGGUCUAAGCAAAUUAACUUGGCCCAUUCGUUAUAUUGCGGUCAUUGUUCUAGUGGUUAUUAUGUUUGGUUUUUGCCCAGCUCCCCUGCCAGCGCGAAAGUAGGUUAAUUGACGUGUGUUGUGGGCGUAUCUACAAGGAAAAUAAUAAAAAUACACCUUCAUGUAUAAAAACAAAUACGAGAGCUGCAAGUGAAGUGGUCAAUUGCCGCAGACAGGGGCGCUGAACCCUCUCGAACAAUAAAAAGGUUUGAGCAGAAGGCCAAUUUAAGGUCACUCGAGCAGCAGGAGGAGGUGGAUCCUUGGAGCAGGAGCAGGAGCAGCCAAUGCAACCUGCACAGACAUCAUUAGACGUGAAUAGCAACCACACAAAAUGCUGAUACUGCUGCCGCUGCUCGGUAUUUUUGGUAAUGGUCUCGUUGCUGAAGUCGAGGCGAGUCUCAGUCUGGGCUUUAAGGCCAUCAAAUUGCCCAGGCAUCCCAAUCCGGCCAAUUGCAGCGUUGGCAACACAACAUUCGCACAUGGAGUCACAUUUAAAUUGGACUGUAAAACCCAAUGCGUUUGCGAGAAUGGCCGCCACGCCUGCUCGACUCUCUGCCCCAACGAGCAGCUGCCUGCGCCGGAGGACACGAUUUCCUGCCGAUCGCCGCGCCUCGUCGAAGUGCCCGGCCACUGUUGCAAGAUGUGGCUCUGUGAGAAUCCAACAGCUGAUGUCUACGCCACCUGCCACAACAGCACCACCAGCGGCAACUGGACCGCCUGCAGCCGGACCUGCGGCCUUGGCACCGCCACGCGGCACACCUCCACCCACGCGGGUUGCCACCAACUCAGCAACUUGCGGCUCUGCGAGAAUCGCAGGUGCGACAAGGACGAGCACGAGGACAAAAUGCGGAGCAGGAGCCUCAGGCCGUUAGUUCACCAGCGGAAACAGCAUCAUGGCCACAGCCACAGCCACUCCCAUCACUCCCAGCAUUACCACAACCACCAGGAGCGAGUGGAGCCGGCCCACAGGAUACGAAAGGGCCACGAGUGCAGGAGCAUCCAGCGACUGGGUCCUGCCAGGAUUCGCCUGGGCGAGUGCGUUUCCCGAAAGCUGUAUCGACCGAAGCUCUGUGGACGCUGCCACCGCGGGGUCAAGUGCUGUGCCCCGGCGGCUUCCACAACGAUACAGGUCGAGCUGUUGUGUCCUUUAAAUGCUGUCGAUCCAAUUAACUACGUAAAGCGAUGGGAGCUGGGCAGAAAAAGGCAACUGAAGGCGCCCCAGGAUGACGAGGAUAUGGGCGAAGACGAGGAUGAGGACGAGGAGGCUGUGCCGGAAAAUGCACAGUUAUGGGAUACCGUCGCCUUGGAGCCAAUCGAUCAGGAAUUCCUGCAAUCACAUCAGAUACAAAUCGAGAAUAAAUUCAUUGCCGUCGAAUGGAUACUGAAAUGUGAAUGCAGCACGAAUAAUUGCAAUGCCGACAGCAGCAACAUCAGCAGAAACACCAACGACAAUAUGUCUAACACAAAUAAAUAUGGUUAUUACAAUUACAAAAACAAUAACCACGGCCGGAACCGCGAAAUUAAUGGCGAGCCAAAUGAGCCGACCAACAACAACAUUGGCAACAACAAGGACAACGAAGCGGAUGUGGCAGACAACAACGGCAGCGACAACAACAACAUCGACCACAAUGAUGUGGACAACAUGUCCUCGGAACAACAGCCGGAUAUUAUACCCUAUCCGCUGAGUGUGGGCGAAUCCAGUUGGAAGGCCGAAAAGCUUCGACAGCAGCAACACGAGCAGCAGCAACAUCAACAGCAACAGCAACAACAGCAGCAGCAACAUCAACAGCAGUGGCAGCAACUCACAUAGCGUAAACGAUUCCCACGCAAGCCAUGAAAUAAAACCCGAUCGGAGGAGGGCAGAGAUAUAUAGAGGAGCGUAGAGUUUAAGAUUUGUACAGCAUAGCGAUACUUAAGGCCCCCCCGGAUGGUUAGGAUUGUAAAGGAAAACUGGAAAGGGACGGCGAGGCGGCAAGUUAUACUUAGGAUUUGAACAUAUCGAGGCAGUAAGUUUAGGUAUGUGAACGAUAGGGUUAGUACUAAACCAAGGGCGAACAACCAACACAGGCCGGAUAAAUAUUUUUGCAAGCAUCUAUACACAAAAGGCGGGGACAAGGAAACAUUUUCAGAAAAUCAUUCGAAUGGAAUGCUGCCCAAUAAUAACGUAACGUAAAUCUAAAUAAUAAUUUUAAAGACAUAGAUGUACAAGGCUUAAGCAAUUCAAAACCAAAUGAGCAAACGCUAAAUUCAAGUUAUAACUGUGCUAUAUACUCACUUGUAUUCAGAUCUACACGUACGCCUAAGACUCUGCUUGAACAAUGAAUUUAGCUGGAUGUAAAUGGACAAAGCCAGGACUACCGCGAUUUCCUGGUCAUAGUUUCGUUAUGCCCCCUUGAAAACCACACAUAUCCCCCGAAAAUAUCCCGAAACGAGUUCUCUGAUUUAGGUCGAGGUGUGAGGAGCGAAGCUUAGCCAUCACCCAUAUCAAUUGUAUCGAUGUAAGUCAACUCUUAGCUAGCGUCAGAGUAAUCCGUGUGCAGGCGAAAAUUCAAAUAAAUAAAAUGCGAAAA